AUGGAGCCCGGGUGGGUCCCGUUGUUCAUCACAUCGACUAGGGAGAGGAGGCCCUGGUUGAAAGGGCCUAGCAUCUGGUUAACAUUGGCCCAGACCCGUGGCCCGCUGGUUGGGGAUGCAACCCAGUGGGCCCAAACCGGCAAGGAAGAACUUGCGGAGGCCCACGCUGUAGAGAGCGACCAGCUGGCGGGCGUAGUGGUUGAGGAGGAGUGUGGCAAACUGGGUGGGGUUGUAGUUGAAGCUGGUCGGGUACAUGGUCGGGAGCAGAUAGUUGUUGAUGUAGUCGUUGCUCCCAAACACGAGCACCGCUAUGGAAUGGGACAGGUCCCCUGCUUGCAUCAUCGUCCUCAGCUGACUCAGCGUAGUCUCGAAAUUGACCACCUGCUGACUGAGAGAGUAGCUUUCAUCAAGGAUGCCGGCAGCUGCAGAAGCAUAGUUAACUCCUCCGAGGAUUCUGCUUCCCCUUGUGCUGGGGUCUGCAAAAGGAGGUGGCGCAGCAAUACCCAACCACGCUCCUGA